GCUGUUUCUGCAACUCUAUUUCUCAGUAUUACUGAGGAAAUGACAGGAAGUACAAUAGGAAGUGAAGGGUUGCGUGCCUGUGUCGCCUGCCUCUACAUGAAUUUUGAGCAAUAUCUUUGAGGCUUCUGAAACUCUACUAAAGGCUACUCUGAUGGGCAGGGACUGCGUGUGAAUGCCUGUGUUUGUUUAAAAACUGUAGAAGGAAGCAGGUACCACAAGAUACAAGUCAUGCCUCUGUUGUCGUGAAUAAGCGUGUCUGUCUGUGUGGGUGAGUGAUCUUAUGGCGCAUCAUGACAAGAGCAGCACUCAUAAAACUUUUCAUCCUCGUGAUCCUCGCCUUUAUCAUCUGCCUCCCAGAAUUCUUCACAUUGUACAGAGUAUCAAAAGUCAGCUUCCUCUGUCUGCCUUACCAACCCUGUGAGCGAGGUAACCAGGUGAAGAGGGGGGAGCACAAGAAAACCGAGGAUGCUGGAAGUAUUAUAUGUGAUCCUUCUCAGUGGGUCCAGGCCUGCACACAAGGGGAACAAAGCAACAUGACAGAUACUGCAUCAGACUCCAGGAGAGGCGGUGAAGAUCCAGAAAAGAGCUGGUUCAUGUGUCAGACAGAUACAGACAUGGCAAGAUUAGACCGCAACAUGUCAUCUUCAGCUGUAAAGAUCCAUCUGGAAGUGACAGUGGAGCUUCAGCUUGACAGCUCAGAGACCCUGAACGUCACCUUGUAUGGCUACAGUAAUUACAGUUCCUUGCAUCUUUACUUUCCUGAGGAGGAGGAGGAAGAGAAGAACAAGGGUGAUGAAGGACACAAGGAGGUUUUUUACUGCUGCCUUCCUGUCCUGACAAGCUCCAAGUCAGCCAGGCAGAGCAGCUGCCUCCUUUGGUUCUCCAAUCAAACUUUAUUGACUGCUACAACAAAAGAAAAGUUGCGAUGGAAAUGGGCACAUAAAGAUGAGUGGCGGUGUCUAUUCAGGGUGCUCUGGUUGGCUCUCCUGGCUGUGGUGCUCCUGGCUGUAGCUAUGACUGUGUUUGGACAGAUCUACUUGGGGAGAUAUGUAUACAAAAAGCCAAGUGUGCAACCUGUUGGCUACAGCAUCAACAAUCAACAGUUAAAUGUGUAUGUCUCUAAACUAGAUGGAGAGAAAUGCACACAAGAAACUCCUAAAGGUACAAACCUUCACACCUAUGCAUCCCGGCCUUGGACAGGACUACCACCCAUUGAAGAAGCUGACACUCAAGAAGAGAUUCUGCUGGAUGGAAAUGCUGGCAACUGCUAUACUGGAAAUCUGCACCAACGUGGCCAUCCAUCUAUCUCCGCCCUCACAGAGGAACAAGCCUGGUGAAAGAGGAGUAUGGAAACAGACUGAAA